GACGAUGACUGGGAGAGGCCCAACCGCCCCAGCAAAUGCACCUACAAACUGAACGGUGAUGGUCUAGCCCCUCAAGCCUCACCUCACAUACACAGGGACAGUUAUUACAGAACUGGAAGCAUCAAGCCAAACAUCCUCUAUUGUAUGAACGACUCUCCUCUCAUAAGAAUCAACCGGAUAACAAAGAAUGAUGGAGUACCCUGCGAAAUACUGGCGAAAUGCGAGUUCUUUAAUCCGGGAGGCAGCGUGAAAGACCGCAUUGCAGUGAGGAUGGUUGAGGACGCAGAGGAGCGAGGGCUGAUCCAACCGGGAUGGGUCCUCAUUGAACCCACUUCCGGCAAUACUGGAAUAGGGAUUGCCAUAACGUGCAUCGUCAAAGGAUAUCGAUGUGUCAUCGUCAUCUCUGAAAAAAUGAGCAAAGAAAAGGUGGAUAUAAUGAAGGCCUUGGGAGCAGAAAUAGUUCAGACUCCGACGAGUGUAUCCUACGACGCACCAUCAUCCAACUACCGGAUGGCCUCGAAACUUGCUAACACAAUUCCAAAAUCUCACAUUCUCAAUCAGUUUCGCAAUGCCUCCAACCCGAUUGCCCAUUACGACGGAACCGCCGAAGAAAUCCUGAAUGCCUGCGACGGUAAACUGAACAUGCUGGUUUGCUCGGCGGGAACUGGAGGGACUCUGUCAGGUAUCGCCAGAAAAAUUAAAGAGAGGCUUCCCGAUUGUUUGAUUGUAGGAGUUGAUCCAAUAGGAUCUAUUUUGGCCACUCCAGACGAGGUCAACGAAACCAGCACAGCCUUCUACGAAAUUGAAGGAAUCGGAGACGACUUCCUACCAACGACACUCGACAGAAAAAUAGUCGAUAAAUGGUACAAAGUGGGUGACAAAGAAUCGUUCAUAAUGUCUCGGAGACUAGCCAGGGAAGAAGGAUUUCUCUGCGGUGGGAGCAGCGGGGCAGCCAUGUACUGCGCAAUCAAGGCUGCCAAGGAAUUCAACCUCACUGCAAACAUGAGGGUGGUUGUGCUCCUACCAGACUCCAUCAGAAAUUACAUGAGCAAAUUUCUCAGUGAUGAGUGGAUGAUAGCCCGAGCAUUUCUUGACACUCAAACAAAAAGUCACGACUAUACAUGGUUCAUAAUUAUAUCAUAA